UUCAGUCGGGAGAAGUGCCUCGGAAAUGGAGCUUUCAAGACGAGUUUCCUUUAAAGCUGCAUGAAUUUCAUACGUAUUAAUGUUUGAUUUAGUGUAAGCUAAUGUUUAUGGUAUUGCCAGUGAUAAGAUAUUGCGGAAAAUACAAGGAAACAUGGCUGAACAAGUGAGUUUUGUACAAGGUGAACACUGCGAGGCUUUGCAAGAAGAGGUCGUGAACACCUCUUAUGUUUGUGGAGAAUGCCUCCAUGUCUUUUCCACCAUGGUGGAAAUUGCAGCCCACGAUUGCACCAUAAAUGGAGGAGGGGCAUUCAUGAGCCAGGAUGAAAGUCAGUACCAUGAACAAAUAAUACAUGAAGAGAAAAAUUCAGGUACAAGACAUGCAGAGACUGAAGCAGACAUGGAGGCAGCUGUUGCCAGCAUCCUUGUAGAGAAGAUGAAGCAAAAGGCACCUCAAAAGCAGACAUUCCAUGUGGUUCACCUGGAAGAGAAGCAGUUAGAAGAGGUUGCGUCGGGGCACUUUGAGGAACCUACCGUCGAACACACCAGUAUCGUAGACUACCAGACAGAGCCAGAUCCCCUGCUCCACAUUGUAGAACACACAGAUCAGCUGGAACCGGGGAUGGUUGUGGAGAGCAUGGAGAUCCCCUCAACCAAUGUAUACAUCUAUGAUAAUCCCUUUUAUCUCAAUCGUUUGAUGAAAGACAAUACUUGUGGCAGGAGGGCUAGGCAUGAUGCACCGUACACACAUCGGCUAGGACCUUGGGAUGAUAGGUCAAGCAGACUCCUUAUCCAGCUGUUGAAGGAAUAUCCAAAGGCCUUUUUCAUAAUGGGGAAGAACUCCAAGAGAACAGAAGCAUGGGAGAUGAUCCGAUACAAGCUCAGUGAAGCUGGUUAUCAUUUUACUGUGUUGCAGAUACGAAUGCGGUGGAGAGAACUGUGCAAGAGGUAUCGCAAUAUUGUUAAUCACAAUGAUUUGCACAAAACUCAUCGUUCCUGCCAGUUCUUUGAGGAACUAAAUGAUCUUUUUGGUAAGUGA